AUCGGCUUGCGCCAUUCAUCGAAUGUAUGCACAUUGUGCGUGUUCUCGAGAUUCGCUCUGCGAAGAGAUACCUAGGCACCUAGGUUCUUGCCGGUUCGGCCCUGACUAGCGCACUCCUGUAACAUGUGCCUGAAGCUGAAGCUCCAUUCUGCGUCUAAGCGAAGCAGUUCAGCCCUCUGUCCGAGCACCGGUAAAGUGCUUCAUAAGGCUACAAUACCUACUGCACUUUUGAGCAAUCUUGCCUUAGACAGCCCUACCUUUCCUACACAGACGUUAAACAAGACAUAGACGGAGAGCUACAUAGAAAGCACCCAACCAUGGCGGCACCACCAGAAAUCACCCUCAAGAAUCUUUCAGGUCACUACAUUUUGAACAAGCCCAUCUCCGGCGACCCAGACCCAGUCCUUGCUCUGCAAGGCAUUGGCUGGCUUAUUCGCAAGGCAAUCUCUGUGAUGCCAGUCCAACUCAUCAUAAAGAACUACCAAGAUGAUCAGGGCUUUUGGCACUUCGACAUCGAACAGCCGGGCGCGGCUGGCAUCUCAGGCACGACUGAGCUGCGUACCGUGGACGGCAAGGAGGCCCACCACAAGGAUCACAUCUUUGGUGCGGUCGAUGGUGUCACAAACUGGAUUAAGGUGUCAGAUCUCAAGGACGAUGACGAAGACGAGAAGUUCCUGAAGGAUGGAUGGCUUGACGAGGAGUUGAUCGACAAUCAAGUGAAGAGCGUCGGCAACGGCUGGACGGCCAGGCAGGUCUGGGGCUUUCAGGAAGCGGAGGUGAACGGUCAGAAGAUCAGAAUGUACGCUAGAAACAUCAUUGUUUGGAAGAAGGACAAGGUGCAGAGGGUCAAGUUCUUCUAUGACUACAAGCCUGCGAACUAAUUGGGGACACGCGUACCUGCCUUUCCAGGUCUUGUAGCAGUGGGUGAGAGCAUCUGUUAAGAACUCUCAGCGUCCCCAAAAACAAGGAAUGCACAAUCAGGCUGCUCUCUUUCAGAAUCAAUUCGCCGUUACUCCCUUCAAAUCAAAAUAUCCCUGCUCUUCGUGU